AAUUGGUUCACUGUAGCGGUGCCUGGACCAAUCACCACCGGAGUUGCACACAAAAGCCUUCCAGGCCACAUUGUGUGCGGCUCUCUCUGAACUUUCUAUUCACUCAUUCAUGGUUUGAACGGUUGUAUGGACAUGGAAGCAUGCUGUCACACUCUUCAUGCUGUAAAUCGGUAUGAGUGGACCUUGGUUCAAUAUCUGUAUCAGAACCUCUUUUGCGCUGUGAAUAAUUCAACUCACAGCAUCACUGUCACCGUGAGGCUUGCUAUAUUUAGCUUUUUUUUGGUGCUGCCAUCAUGUUGGUCCAUCUGGUCUCACAUGAAGUCGCUGUAUCAGAACACACGAGCCAUUCAGUUAGUCAUUUCUCCCCUUCAUGAUGAUCAUCUGACUCUUGCAAUUUAAAUAAUCUUGACCAGUUUGUGCUGGAUUUCCAAAGGACACACAUUUACUGACAAUAUUAGGAAGGUCACAACUUGUUUUACCAACUUUGUCAGGCCUAUUUUUAGGGAGCAUUGUUUGUAUAUAUUGGGGUGGACUCGUCAAAUGUAUUAUAAACAUCUUUGCAUACUUGUGUCUGUAAAGCAUAUUUUAUAGGUAGGUACAUCCUUGUAGCACCACAAUGCUCAAUUUAUUAGUGUACAUAACAAAAUAUUUCAUAACUUUAAAAUCCAACUGGAUGUCCUUGAGUACUUUGCACCAUAGCUGAGUGGACUACUGUUACUUUACUACAAAGCAAUUGUAGAUUGCCAUAUUUAGAAUAAAUUCCAUUUUAUCUCAACAAAAACUCAGUUUCUUUGUCUUCAGUUGUACUUUUUGCUCGUCUUUGAGACAUACAAUACCAAUUGGUUGGGAUAUCUGUGUAGCUUUAACAUUAAAUACGCCCAUUUAUUAGCACCCAAGUUAACUGUGCAUAUAGGAAUGAUCCAAUCUGUCAAUAUGACAGCACAUGGAAAAGAAUCACAUUAGUCCACACUGAAGGAUCAAGUUUGUGCCAAUAUUAGUUUUGACUGUCUGAGAGUGUUAUGUUUUUUUAUCGUCUUUGAGAGUGUUAUGUUUUUUUAUCGUCUUCCUCAUGAGGUCAAGUUGUGCAGUCUAUUUAGGUUUAUAUAAUUGGCUUACUAUACCGCUCGACCAUUCAAAAAAAAAAAAACAGCGGAAGAGAUCAGUGUCUUAGUGACUGCUGUAAGCUGUUUAGCUUCAGUGUUUUCCUGGGAUUGGAGCUUGAUUGAAGUGUACAUCAAAACGAGUAACCAGGAACUAAAUUUAAGUAAUUGUUAAUGGCACGGCAUACCAGUAUUUUGUCCUCCAUGGACCAUACAUACCAGCUGUGAAGACACCGGUACUGUUGUUGGCCUAAGUGGGACAUCUGCAUGUGUAAACUAUUCAAACUAUUUAAACAGAAUGCAGUAGUUCACCUAUACAUAAAACCUGUGUCAUCAGUCAUACUCCUCAGCUGUACCUGUAACAUAUCAUCCCAGACAAUUACAUCUAGGUUCUGAUUUAUUGUUACCGUGUCACUUCUGCUGUUCACCUGGAUUUAACUAAGCAAAUAGGUAAGUAAUUAUCCACCCAUUGGAUAAUUACUGCAUGGCUGACUGUUUGAGUAACUGACGUAGGGAAGUAACUUAUUUGUCAAACAACCAUGUGGAAACACACGUCCCAUGGUCGUGGAUGUUAAUCUGUUUCAGAAGGCUCAAGUUGUUGAAUCUAAGGAGAUUGCUGAACGUACUGAAAUCAGGUUGAGAACUGUCAGGACAGUGAGGAACCUUAGCUCAGUGGUCCGCAUCUCCCGUCAUCAAUCCAAGAGCUUGCCAAGAAAUGCAACUCUUGACACAAAUAAAUGUCCUGUCCUGCACUGUGUAUAUAUAAUAACAUAAUUUGUAGAUGGGGUUUCUUGCAUGUGGAGGACUGCGUGUUGAAUGACUGCAUGUGACUUUAGUGGACAUGGUGUGGGGAACGUUGUCGGAGAAAAGAAUUUAUUGUGUUUCCAUAACAAAAGAUUCUCUCCUUGUGGUGGAAGUUUUCCAUUUGAUCUUUAAUGUAUUUGCUUUUCCUUCAGACAUUUGAAUAUUAGUCAUUGUUGCUGUUGUUAAGCACUACUUUAGCUGCUCAAUGUAAGAAAUUACAAUGGAAUCUCAGUUAGCGUCAUUAAUCCAUUCCGGAAGGCCUGACUCAAACCAAAACAUACUCUAACCAAAUCAAAUUUUCUACAUAAACCGAACCAGGGCGCACACUACCCAAGACUCCACUGUACAAGGUUCCUUAGUGAGUAGUAGCUUCAUUUUAACCAAACGAUAGGUUACAGCUUAAUAUCUGGUACACUCAAAACAUUUGAUAUAUUUGUAACAAUAGCUGUCAAUUAAAGGGACUGUUAAAUUGCGCUGACGAAACACGCACACAUGCACUAGUUAUGUUGUCAGCUACUGAUAGCGAUUUGGCAAAGUUUGGCUACUAACGUUAGCUAUCAUUGAACAUGAAUGUAAAUUGCUGGUCACCUGCUGCUUUUGUGUGUAUGCGCUACGGACAUGGUACAACCUUGGAAGGCGAGUUGUUUUAUUCAGGCUGAACAAAAAUGUACAAUCAUUUGUAUGCAGAUUAAUUUAUAAGUGUGACACUUUGUUAUCUGUUAUUUUAAACCACUAUUGUAACGGUGCUAGCUUGUAAUCUCUUCACUGCAAUAAUGCAGUGCCAUGUAAGGCCACUUGGGGGCAACCAAUGCCUAUUAUCGGGUGUCCAACUCAUCAAAUGUCCCCAGAGCUUUUCACUGUACGGUUGACUUUGUUGUCCUAAUACGCUAAUUAUUUUUGGCUUGGUGUGUUAACACGCUGUCUUCUUAAACGACAUUUAAAUUGUUCAUAGUCAAUAGCAAAGAACUAGCUAAUUGGCAUACGUUGUAUACGUAAAAAUAGUAAAUGUGUUCACCAUAAGAUGCUGUUAAUGUGAAGAGUAGGGGUGAAUUAAUAUUCUUGUUAGGACUUCAAAGGAUGCGCGUGUUACGCCUCUCCUGUGCUGGCUUUUCAGCACGACGGGUCUUUUCUUUCUUUGUCAUCCGGUUCCUCCCGGUUUCAUCCACCUCCUCUUGUGCUGCUGGAAUAUUCUAUGCAAAACAUAUCAGCUGAGCGGCAGGUGGGGGCGUUUCUGAAUAAAUUAUGUAAAUGACCACCGUCUCGGCCAAUCGGGAGCCAUAGUUGCCUGCUACGUCACGGUAGACAUCAUGCGGGCAUAUCCUGAGCUGCGGACAUCGCUGCUGAGAGAAGAUGAGCUGACCUUGAGUCGUUUGUGUGUUGCUGCGGUAGAUACACCAGCGUCGUGGGCCUAAGACCCGAGGACUUUUUGCUGAUGUGUCUCGGGGAGCUGGUCGCGCGGCGGCCGUGUCGGGGCUCGUUUGUCCGCGGCUUGUAAGCAGCGAGCAGUAUGAAUACGCCUUGCUACACCGUGGCGAUGGAUUUAGGCGUCUGCCAGCUCCGAAAUGUAUCAAUCUCCUUCCUGUCGUCCUUGUUGAGCGCCGAGAGCUCGCACGUUAAGCUCGAUAGCAGCUCGUCGGGAGCCAGUGUUGUUGCCAUCGACAACAAGAUUGAACAGGCAAUGGACCUGGUGAAGAGUCACCUGAUGUACGCCGUGCGUGAGGAGGUAGAAGUCCUGAAGGAGCAGAUCAAGGAGCUGAUUGAGCGUAACUCCCAGCUGGAGCAGGAGAACACGCUGCUCAAGACGCUGGCCAGCCCGGAGCAGAUGGCACAGUUCCAGGCCCAGGUUCAGACCACAUCCCCGCCUCCUGCUGCCCCAACAGCCGCCACCCCGGGCCCGGCGUGCACCGUCGCUCAGCCCAGCUCGCACACCUCGGGCCCCUCGGCAUAGCCCGGUGCAUGCAGACUGUGACUGAACGCUGCUUCUGCAAAAGCAGAUCUUUUCAGGAGGAGUUUAUGCUGUUCAUCCAAGAAUUUGCACAUAUUUAUCCCUCAGAAGGAUGCAUCCAGCGAGACGUGCUGCACAAGUCGACAAUUGAGUGAUGCUAUUGAGGGAGGGGAGCUGGGUGGAAUUCAUUGAACAUUUGCCAAAAAACAAAACAAAACACUUGGACAUAUCAGCUAGAAUGUCUUAUCGUGAAGCAAAACAAUGCUACAAAAAAAAAAAAAAAAAACACACAGAUGCUAAAAAGAUCACUGUGCCUGUGUCUGGAUUUUAGGCGAUGUCAAUUUUACGGAUGAUGCAGGAGGAAGUAUGAUGUGAGGACUUUUUGUUCUUUUUUUUUUUUUUUCUUUUUCUUUUUGUAAAUAAGUGUCUCUCACGCCUAGAAGCUAAUGUUACAAGCGGAGAGGGUUGAAAGAAAAGGCCUUCCUAGAGUGACAAAGAAUGUGAGCAAAUAUCAUGACCAAGUCCCCAUCUGGAAUGGGGUGUGGGUGAGGGGGGCAACCUAUUCUAAAUAACAGCGGCAUGGAUGAUGUUACUUCAGCUGGGUUUUGGUGGAACAAACGAGAUGGUUUUCUUACUAAGAGGAUGUUAUAUUUUCAGUAUUUCUUUUCAAAGCUCAUCAUUGCUGUUGCUUGGAGUUUAAACGUCUUGUGGCAGGAGGCUGCAUUUUGUUGACUCAUAAAUUGGGCAGAAACUGAUGUAUAUUUCUGUAUAGUGUAAGUAACAUGUAAGAUAAUACGUGGAAAGAGAAACAACAGAUCAGUAUCUUGCUCACGCAGGCUGAGCAGCAGCAUUCUCGCCUUGCCCAGACUGUUGUCUAUUUUUAAUGCUGUAUUUUCAGGUUGGGUUAUUUAAACUGACAAGGUUAGCUAGAACCUCCACCGCAACAUGAACUUACAGUAAAAGCAUUUUCUCUCUUUCUUUUCUGAUGUAUUGCACUUUUUUUAUGAUUUAUGGUUUUUUUGACAGUGAAUUCUUUCUGGGUGAACAAUAUAUGAAUAUCUCAACAUUAGAAGAAACAAGCUUCUGGAGAUGUUUUUCCCAUUGACAUUCUGUGUAUCAGUUGUAUGCUCAUGUUCUGUGCAUGUUUCUGCAAGACUGGAUGAGAAGUUGUAACAUAACGUACCACAAUUGCACUUGGAAGCUGCACUUCACAACUUUCAUUAAAAUGCUAAA